UAACAUCAAAAGUCGUCAUUUUAGUCAAAACGAAAACACUUCGAUUCUUGUCGUUUCUCGUAUAAUCUCUUGAUAUAACCAGCAAAACACAGGUUUCUCUUUCACGUCAGGUCAAGAUAAUUUGCAAAUUAACAUCAGUUGAACGAAUCUAGCGAACUUCAACCAUGGACGCGCAGUUCGCCCGGAAAUUCGUCAACACUUUCCAGUCCAAACUGGAGCCGCCGGUCAGGUCGCACCUGAAGAAUGUCUACGCCUGCCUGACACUCUCGACCCUGGUGAGCGGACUGGCAGCCUGGCUGGGCCUCGCCUACCCCAAUGUGGGACUCAUCCAGCCCGGAUUUUUGACUCAGAUUGGUGGAGUGGGUCUGCUAAUUGGACUGAUGGCCACGAGAAACAGCAAACAAAAUCAGCCCUUGAGGAUGGGCAUGCUGGCUGGUCUUGCUUAUUGCAUUGGAACGAACCUUGUACCUCUGUUGGACGUGGUGAUCCAGAUUGAUCCUAGCAUUGUGGUCACAGCACUCCUGAGCACCUCCGUCGUCUUCAUCUCCUUCUCGAUGUGCGCCCUCCUGUCCAAUCGCGGAAAGUGGCUCUUCCUCGGAGCUCCUCUUCUCAGUCUGAUGAACGUCAUGCUGCUUCUGACCGUGGUCUCGCUCUUCACUGGUUCCUUCGCUGCCGUCUAUAAUGUCAACAUCUACCUUGGACUGCUCGCCAUGUGCGGCUUCGUCCUCUUCGACACCCAACUGAUUGUCGAGAAGAGACUGAUGGGUGACGAUGACUUCAUUGCGCACUCCGUCGACCUGUUCAUUGACCUGGUGGGCAUUUUCCGCCGCCUCCUGGUCAUCCUCACCAAGAAGGAGCAGGACAAUAGGAAUAAGAACAAACGGGAAUAAAUUCUUGAUGUUGGAACUAUAUUUAUUUUCUGUUUCUGACUAUAGCUGGUAGAAGGAUAACGGCGGAUUUUAACGUUUUGUACUGUUGCACACACACAUACUUUUGCAUUGAAAUAAAAUGAGGUACACAUUGAAAAUAAAUGUAUAAUAAAAUGUUAAUUAUGAUGGGCUAUCUUAUCAGCUGUGUGAAAAUAUAAAAAUCCUAAUAAAAUGAACGUUAUAAACGA